GAAGUCAUGCUCUCAUAUUUUUAUUAAAUGCAACUUCUCUCUUUUAGUUGCAUUAAUAUUGAAGCAACGUAGAAUAAUAUCUCAGAAGCAGAGAGACGCUGUCCAUGCUCGACGUGAAGAUGGGGCACACUUUGCUCUGUGUGCUGGGGUUAUUCUUGCUGAAUACACUGCUCUACGGACAGCAUGGAGGUGAUAAUAUUAUCCUGGUGAGCCCUGUCCAUCCUGUGACUGAGGGAGAUUCCGUCAGUCUGAGCUGCAGAUUGAGAAGACGGGAAUCUGUUUCCACUGUGUUUUUCUAUCGAAAUGAGGAAGUGGUUCAGAACGACACCAGAAGGGAGCUUAAUAUCCCUGCAGUGUCAAAGUCUGAUGAGGGCUUCUACAAGUGUGGACACUCAGGAGAAGAGUCAGCUCAGAGCUGGAUGUCAGUUAAAGAAGGAUCCAGUCCUGAAGGCUCUAAACCUCCUGUGCUAGAAGGCUCGAAACCUCCUGUGCUGUUGAUUACUGGGCUGGUUUGUGGAAUCACACUUCUUGUUAUUUUUCUGCUGCUUUUGUUUUGCUCCAGAAGAACCAGAGAUUCAAGCUCCACCAGGCCAAUCCAGUCUGAGGGCACCAAUCAGGGCUCAGCCACAAGUCACAUGGUGGACCAGAAUGAAGCUCAAUGUAGUGAAUACUCCUCUCUUCUCCCCCACGAAGCUUCUGUCUAUGAAACAAUCAAAGUCUCUGAAGACUAUGAAAAUGCCACAAGUCACAAGGUGGACCAGAAUGAAGCUCAACGUAGUGAAUACUCCUCUCUUUUCCACUGCGAUGCUUCUGUCUAUGAAACAAUCAAAGGCUCUGAAGACUAUGUAAAUGAUGCAGGUAAAUCCGAGCAUGCCACCUAGCUCUUCUUCCAUUGAAGUAAAAAAGAUUGGAAAGGAAAGGAAGCAGCAUGAACCAGAGGAGGGCGCUGUUUAGUCUGAUGUGAAGAUCUGAACUACAAGUACGGAAACAUACAACAGUCAUGUUUAAAGUUUGAAGUUUAAAAUAAAACUCAGUUAGUCGCCUUGGGUAGAUAUUUUUAAACGGCCACUAGGUGUCACCAGAGCUACAAAUUGUCAUGUCUUACAUAUAUUUUGGGCCUUUUGCCAUUUGUGGUAUUUUGUUUGUUUUUCAAAUGCAGUAUAUGAUUGUUAUUGCAUGUUAUAUGUGAAAUGUUUCCUAUCUAUGUUAAUCUCACAUAAUCAGUUUUACAUUUAUAUAUACUUUUUUUUACUUUAGUCAUGCUUUUGCAGAUUAUGAAAUUGACUGUAUAUGGAAAUUUGCUGUAUGUAUGUAUAUAUAUAUAUAUAUAUAUAUAUAUAUAUAUAUAUAUAUAUAUAUAUAUGGUUGUUAUAUAUGGACAUUUUUACUGCCAACUCAAAUUAUGUCUGUAUAUGAAGAUGUGUUUAUUUUAUUACACAGUAAAAUAAAAAAAUCAACAUUUAUUUAGUUUUAUUCAGUUUUACAGAAUAGACAGAAUAUAACUUUCUUUAGGUCUCAGAGUUAUUUUGACAAAGAAAAUCUGUUGACAGCAUUUUUAUAAAAUUAUUGUUAAUAUUACUGUUGCACCUGUUGUCCAAAUGUCCAACAAACUCCAUCCAUUUAAAACAACUAGUCUCAUUAUAGAAUAAGCAAACUCAAUAUCUUUUUCAAUAUUAAAUUAGAAUGAUCCAGGGUGAUCAUUAACUGUAAAAUAUGUUAAAGAAUGUGCUAUCCAAUAUGUCUUAUCACUGCAGAUGUACAUGCUUUGCUCUGUCUUAAAAAUAUAUAUUGUUAGCUACUGUAUGAACUUUUGAUUUAUAUAUUUUGGGUUUUUAUAUUGUAUUUUUAUUUUGCAAUUUUUUCAUCAAUAAACUUUUU